AUGACACUCAGUGUUCAGUCGGCUGUGUAUCAACAACCCAGUACCCACUCGUCUUUUGCUGGUAGUCAACUUGAGCAGGACAGAUUGAACCCCCACCAUCAAGAUUACCGCAGCAAUGUUGCUGUUCAAUCCUACUCAGCAUCAACUCAACACAUUCCGUCUGUUAAUAUUAAUGCAGCCAUAGCCUCCUCUUUGAAACUGAAGAAUGCUAGUCCCCCAUCCCAAAAAAUGGAUUCUUCACUGGAUCUUUUAAAUAAGAUAAUAUCCUUCCACAAAUCGCCGGCGACACCCCUGGAUACCAUUAUCAAGGUCCAUAUUGAACGUAUGCCAAAUUCGACGGUCCUGUUGAAUCCUCGCAGCGAGAAAAGCGUAGGUUGUCCCAAGGCUCCGUACCUCUUUUCUGACACGGAACUUAUUAAGUGCUGUAAGGAUGCUCAAUCGGCUCUCCCACGUGUCAACCUGGGCUUCCGAAAUACCGGCAAUACUUGUUAUCUCAACGCAGUUCUCCAGUGCCUCUUGGCAACUGGUGCAUUGCUGUACUUCGUCAGGGAGAAACACAGCAAACCCGGUGUCUGCGUCUACGCAAAUAACAAAAAUGGCCAGCGAUUUUGUGCACUUUGUGCCCUUUUUCGGCUCUUUCAGGAGCAUGGGCAGCAAAACAACCACUCCCUCUUACCUCAGUCGGGCAGUGACUUUCUCAACCGAACUAGCUUCGGGUCCACCACCCCUGCUCUUUUUGCCACGAAUGUUCGGGCUGUUUGCCCGAACCUGCGAGUCUACGCGCAGGAAGAUGCUCAUGAAUACUUGUUGGGUUUGCUCUCACGAAUGGAGGAAAGCGUGGUCACUGGUGUCGGGAAGUUGCCGCGCUCCAUACUCGAUACGAAUGUAAUUCGCCGGAUUUUCGGUGGUGUUACGCGUUCUGAGGUAACCUGUAAUACAUGUCACAAAGUAUCUCUUCGGAACGACCAAUGGUUUAAUUUGUCAAUGGAUAUUACGUUUGCUCGCAGUCUGCAGCAAUGUCUAGUUAAUUAUACCCAGACUGAGAUACUUCAAGGUGCCAACGCUUACAAAUGUGAGACUUGCCAACAGUUGCGACAUGCGAAGCGUUGCUGUCGCGUCUUUCGCGCGCCUCCCAUUCUUAUAGUUCAAUUUAACAGGUUUUCACGUAGCCAAAAACUCGACUUUCAUAUAGACUUCCCCGCCUCCUUCAAUAUGCGUCCCCACAUGACUUCCUCCAGUGGCCCACCGGUGCUAUAUCAUCUCUACGCUACCCUCAAUCACGAGGGUAUCACGUGUCGCUCUGGUCACUAUGUGGCAUUUAGCAAGCGUAGGAACCAGUGGUUCUUUCACAACGAUAACAUUGUGACUUCAACGACCCAAGAGUACGUGCUCCGGCAGGCACCUUACUUGCUUUUCUAUCAGCUGGCCUCUCCCGAGGCGGUUUUAGGUCUGACUUCCGUUGGUAACAAUGUUGAUCAGUUCCAUUCGGAUACUAAGCCUUUGAGUUCGGCUCCUGCGUCGACUUCGUCACAAUCGGGUCCCAGUAGGAAAGCUCUCUCAGAAGAAAACAUCGACGUAGCGUCGAUUCCUUUACCUCCUGGUCCUGUCCGACCCAAACCUGCUGUCACGUUUCACCCCCGUGUUCUCGCCAAACCCACUCCACUCAUUUCUCAGUCUUCGUCAGCGUCGUACGUUGGUGUUCCAGUCCCCAAGACACCUGAAUCCCACGUUUCCCAAGAUAAUGAAAAGUUGGUGGAGACUGCGAUUGAUGGAAAAGCAACGGUUAAUGAAGCAACUGGUGCUGCUGACGUAUCGCUCUCGCACGCAAAUCGGUCUUUCUCGGUCACUACCAAUGUGUCACCACUUCAAAAAACGAGGAAGUCCAAUUCUCCGAAGCACUUAAAUGGCGGUAGCCAUUUCAAACAAGAUACCGAAAGCAGUCAUCUCAGCUCGUCCAGUAAUACGGCGCACAGUCGAAGCACGGUUGCUAUUUCUAGCAGCAGCGGUAGCGAAAGCACUGAGAGCAGUGUAGAAUGGGUUCCAAUGACCAAAACCGAUCUUCUGAUGCAGCAACAGCCUUCUCGGAAACGCACUCACGGUGAAUGCUCCAGCGUUAGGUCUCCUUCGUCUUCCGAUGGUGGAGGUUCAGCUCCCCCAAAGAUUCCAAGGAAGGAUUGCAGUGAAGAGGUCAACAUUUUACGGAGAUUUCAUUACAGUAAAAGACACAAGAAGUUGAGGAGUCACAGGCGCAAGCAUCGCCACCAUCGCAAGCAUCGUCACAAGAGAAGGCGGUCACGUGGUAAGGACACUCUUUGA